UAUCCAUCCAGGCAGGACGCGCACCCGCUCCCCGGUCACAGCUGCCCACCAGCGGCUUGAAGCCACCAAUAGGCGCGCAGGACGAAGGGAUGCUGCUUCAUUAACUUCACCUCUUUCCUUUUACUCGUCCUCAAAGCCCCUCUGUCCUCUGUCACCACCACAAAGCGGCUCCACGGAUCUCCUGUCGUCCUUUGGUCCCCAAAACGCGCAGGAAGUGGUCGGUGGUCUUUGCGGUGACCGCGGUCACGAUGGUUCUGCUGGUUCUGGCCGUUGCUGUCCCGUUACUGCUGCUCCGCUCCUCGGACACCUCCGCUCAUUACUAUGAGAUGAUGGGCACCUGUCGGAUGGUUUGCGACCCGUACACCCCUAAACCGGGAGGCGCCACCGCCAUGGAGGUGAUCCAGAACGUUAACGGUGUCGCUCCGCAGCCGGCUAUGGCGCAAGGGAGCCGUGGGGAGCCCGGGCGACCGGGUAAACCAGGAUCUAGGGGCCCGCCGGGAGAACCAGGACCACCGGGUCCAAGAGGGCCACCGGGAGAGCGCGGGGACGGUAAAGUCACAUUCCCCGAGUUGACCGGAGCUGCGGGGGGCGAGAAGGGCGAAACAGAAGGCAUGAACUCCACGGGCAACAGCUUCAGGAUCGCUUUUUACGUCGGUCUGAAAAAUCCACAUGAGGGAUACGAGGUGUUAAAGUUUGACGACGUGAUUACAAACUUGGGGAACCACUACGACGCGAGCACCGGGAAGUUCACCUGCCAUGUGUCCGGGAUCUAUUUCUUCACCUACCAUGUGUUGAUGCGGGGAGGAGAUGGGACCAGCAUGUGGGCCGACCUGUGCAAGAACGGACAGGUGAGGGCCAGUGCCAUAGCUCAGGACGCAGACCAGAACUACGACUACGCCAGCAACAGCGCCGUGCUGCACUUGGACUCUGGGGACGAGAUCUACGUCAAACUGGACGGCGGCAAAGCUCAUGGAGGCAACAACAACAAGUACAGCACCUUCUCCGGCUUCAUCUUAUACCCCGACUAAACACACAGGUCCACGGACAGUAACCAUCACUGCAAACUGUUUCCAUUCAAGUAUGUGGUCCAGUGUGUUUCUCCUCUUUUGAAGAUAGCUGUCACGACGCACAGGCUUACCUGUUCAUUUAGUGAAAGAUCUUUUUGUACAUGUGUUUGAUUUAGGUUCGACUGCUUUACUGACUCUGAUGUUCCAAGUGCUGAGCACCCAGACACCCCGUAAAUGCUGUAAAGGCUGAGAAAGCAUAAUGUGUUUCUAAAAAGGCUUCUGGGGAAAUGAGAUGGCACAGGUCUGACUGACUGGCUGCCUCCAGGCUUACAUGUUCUCCUGAAGCACUGCCAAAAGAAUUCACGUCAAAAGGAGUAAAAUGAAUGUCAUGAUCUGUUUUUGAGUGUACACCUUAGGCCUGGUCACACCAGCAUUUAAAAGGUCCAGUGUUGUAGGAUUUAUUAGCAUCCAGCAGUGAGAUAACCAACUGAAUACCCCUCUCCUCACCCUCCUUUGUGGGGAUAAUGGUGGCCGUAAAACUACAAAAAAAAAUUCCAUUUGUGCUACUGUACAAACAUGGCGGUUCAACAUUGCAGACUCCAUGGAAAAGGACCCGCUCUCUCUGAAGAUACAAAAGGGAACGAAAACACCUCUUAUUUUCAACAAUUCUUAUUUUCAGGUUAAAUAAAUACAUACUUUAGGGUGAUCUGCCAAUAGAUCCCCAUCAUUUUAACAUACUGGAUGGAAAUAAAUCAUUUAAAUUCCCUCAUGGGGGAAGUAUGCGCACAUUUUUGACUUUGAUGCACAGAUUUGGCCAAAAGUAAACCUUUAAAGAGAGAGAGAGAGUCCAAAACUGAGGAAGCUAUCAUAGCUAGAUGCCACUUUCUGGUGCGACCAGGCCUUUACUGUGAUUACUAAGUAACUUUAAUUCUCCUAUCAUGCACCUUAAUUGGAUAAUAAAAAGGUUUUAGUAGAUAUGAUAGGUAGACAUGACGAGGUCAGUGAAAAGUGCCAAAGAUUGACAGACCUCACAUUCUAACCCUAGCACAGGCCAUGUUGAUCGCUAUAGCAGUGUUUAGUGUUUCACAGAU